CGCGCCUGUGCACCAGACUCUCACUCACUUAGACACUCACGGGGUUUCUGGUUCUUUCCUGGUGCUAGAAAGCUAACAAACUUACACAUCGGACACCACACUCUUAACUUCUCGAGUAGUCCGUUAUAUAGCUAAAUCUUUCCUCACUAAGAUUUAAACACAUUUUGUACCUCAGUGAACUACUUAGUUUACUAACUUUAGUCACCAUGAGACGAUCUUGUGCUAUUUACGCCACGGGGAUUGUGUGUGCUCAUCUGCUCAUAGUGGGAAUCGCCCUGAUGGUGGCUCAAGUCUUCCAAACAAUGAUUCAGGAGAGGAUAAAAAAGGAAAUCACACUGGCUGAGAAGAGUCGAGUACUGGCUGGCUGGAUAAACCCUCCACCCCCUGUUUACAUGCAGUAUUUCUUCUUCAAUGUUACUAACCCUCAAGAGUUCUUGGCUGGUGAGGCAAAGCCUCGUGUCACACAAAUGGGACCAUAUACAUAUAGGGAAUACAGACCAAGAGAGAAUGUGACAUUCUUGGAAAAUGGCACCAAGGUCUUUGCCACGAAUCCGAAGAGUUUUGUCUUUCUUCCGGAAAUGUCUGUCGGAGACCCCGAGGUGGACCUCUUGACCACUCCCAACAUCCCAGUCAUUGCUGUCAUGAACGAAAUGCAUUCCUAUUCUUUUUACAUCCGCCCGCUGAUCUCUAUAUAUAUGAAAUCUCUGGGUGUUGGCAUGUUCAUGACACGCACUGUCCACGAGUUUCUGUGGGGUUUCAAGGAUCCUCUGAUGAGCAAACUUCAUUCCCUGAAGCCUGAAGUGGAUGAAUACUUUGGCCUCAUGUAUAAGAAAAAUGGAACCCAUGAAGGCGAAUUUGUCUUCCACACCGGAGCGCAGAACUACAUGGACUAUGGCAAGAUCGACACCUGGAACGGAAUAAGACAGAUGACCUGGUGGUCAUCAGAGCAGAGCAACAUGAUUAACGGCACAGACGGCAGCGUGUUCCACACCUUCCUUUCCAGAGACGAGCUGCUCUACAUCUUUGCUGCGGAUCUCUGCAGGUCGAUCCAUCUGGGAUACGUGAAUGAUACAGAGGUGAAGGGAAUUCCAGCAUUUCGCUUUGCUCCUCCUGCCGAUGUCCUAGCUGCUCCAGAUGAGAAUCCUGCUAACGCUGGCUUCUGUGUGCCUGCCAAAGACUGCCUGAGUAAAGGAGUGCUUAAAGUCAGCGUGUGUCGCGAAGGUGCACCCAUUGUAGUUUCCUUCCCACAUUUCUACCAAGCUGAUGAGAAGUACAUCAAUGCCAUUGAUGGGAUGAAUCCAAACAAGGAAGAGCACGAAACAUACCUCGACCUUAACCCGACGACUGGGGUCCCUAUUCGUGCCUGUAAGAGAGCCCAGCUCAAUGUUAUAAUGAAGAGGGUUCCUGGCUUUCCCCAAACACGUCUCCUGAACGAAACCAUCUUCCCCAUUAUGUAUGUCAAUGAGACGGCAACCAUCGAUGACGACUCAGCCUCCCAAAUGAAAACUCUGCUGCUGAUCAUAAAGUUAGUGUCCAACUUCCCCGUCAUCAUUGUGGGAGUAGGCGCCUUAUUACUGCUCAUCUUCAUCUUCUUGCUGUGUAGGAACCGUCAAAGAAAGAAUGAAGUAAAACGUAUUGAUUUUACCGAAGCUUUUCAUUCUUUUGCUACGGCGAAAGACGAUACGGCCUACACUCCAGUCAGCAACAAAUCAGACGAUUCGCCCGAAUCGCACAGCAACCAGCCUACGAAGAACGGCUCCUACAUCGCCAUGUCUCCAGUGGAGGCCCACAAGUGUUGAUAAAGAUCACUCCGUGGCGUUCCCGCUGAGGGGAUCCACUUGUGUGACUUUCUUUUCCCCUCUUUUCACCUUUUGAUUCUUCCCACUGUGCAGCGUGUUGAGGCAGGCCAGCUCCUAGAAGCACCGUCGGACAAGACGCAACUUCUUUCCGUGGGCGUCUUGCUGGACCACAUCUCCUCUGCUGACAUUCUUUUUUUUUUUUUUUUUGCUGUUGACGCAUGGCCUUCUCAAACUGCCAUAUUUUCUGACACAACAAAAGUCUUACUAGUUCAAAACACAGUUUAUCUAGUCAUUUCCUCCAGGUCUACCGACACUUUUUUGUUGACUAGACACAAAGUGAACAAACUGAGAACACCUGCUAGCCUUUUGAGGACCAUAUGCCCACGUGCAUGCUCGCAAGACUGUGGUUCCUGUUUAACCCUGUUGAACGUAGGGCUGUGAACAAAGUCAGAGCGUGUUGUGUGUGUGUGUGUGUGUGUGUGUGUGUGUGUGUGUGUGAGAACACCUCCAGCCUGCUAGCAGGAGCCAUCUUGAACACCACACAGUGUUUACGCAUGGGCAAGUGUUUGAUCAACCUUUAUUGCCACACUACUCUAUUGAAGCCUGUGUAGCCAGACUUCAUUACACUUUAUUUGCCAUGUCUUAACAUUUCAUAAAAUCUAAGCCAAACGUUAUCAUUUGUCUGUUGAGUGCAGUCAUGGUCGUGGGCGUGAUUGUGUGCGUGUGUGUCGGGGGAUUUGUAUGUAUGUGUAGAAAGACAGGCAUGUUGGUGCUUGCAUAUGUGUUAAUCUCUCUGCUGUGAGCUGAUUUCUAAAGAGCAUCGCGCUCUCUUAAGCAUUCUACAGUGCCAAGUAAUUGUCCACUAAAUUUCAGAGGUCCUUUCAAUACCUGGCAAAAUGACAUUCUCUGGAUUAAAUGCCCACAGGGUAGCAGAACUGGUCCUUUCGCUCACUCCUCCAGCCUAUGCCUGUUUCAGAGGAGGGUCUCUUCGUCGAGCUGUGAAAAUGAGCUUUCGUUCCUCUUUUCUGACAGGAAAGAAAAGCAAGCCCACAAAUCGCACAAGUGAGACUUGAAGCUGCUCUCUGCCUUACACAUGUGAGUUUGCUGUGUGAAAGGGCUUUGUAACGUAGUAGCAUGAGACCACCUUUGAUCAAACCCAGCCUGUAGUCAAAACAUCUGCGAGGCUUCACCCAAGCGCUUGUCCUGUUUCAAGCGUUUAAUUUCCAACUCAGAAUGCACAACUAGAUCGACUUCCUUUCCUCAGGCACUUGUUUACAGCCUUUUAUCUCUAGUGACUUCGAGGGCUGACAAGUGAAACUCAGCAUUCGUGGGAAAUGCUGUACAAUAUGUGUUGUUUCAGUUAAACUGUAAGAGGCAAUGGGUGAAACCUGACCCAUGAUGCAUCUGGCAAUGUUCUGUUGAUUUUGUUGCUGACAAUUCUGGCCAUGAUGUUUAAAAUUGAAGCAUUUCAGACGUGAGAAAAUGCCAUAAAAAGUCGACUUGGCAAAGGAAAAAAGUGCACUUUUUCUUGAUUAAAAAAAAGGUCCUGCACAUUUUAUGUAUUUCAGUGCAGUGGUCCUCACUUACAUUUCAGAUGUGUUCUCAAAUGUCUGUGGAUCUGUGCUUUUGUUUUCUGUCUGUAUCUUUCUGUCUGUAUUCUUUCCUUCUUUUUUUUUCUACUGGUAUAGCUUCACAUGCCACAUUUCAUAAGCAUAUCACAUGCAUUUAUAUAAACUCUGAUCAGUAUAAAAGCAUGCCAAGUUUUUUUCUUGGUGCCCUCUGGGGAAAAUAUUGUAUAAUUUCUAUUCAUAAGCUCAGAUUUAGACGUUAAUUUCUACAACGUUUCUGUUAUUUGUUACAAGGCAUAUCAUCUUUCAUUCAUUGUUGCGUCAAACUGUUUAGAUUUGUGUUGUACGUUCCUUUUUCUUCCCCCUUUUUCAAUUCAAACUGGAAGAGAUCUGUCAUUGUGCAUACUGAGUGUUAGCACUAUAGCUAGUAACUGGAACAUUUAGGUGAGCACCUAUGGCCUUCUUGGUAUGCUUUUAUAGAUAGACGUACACCAAUUUCUAACAAUGGCCUUUAUAAAUGUAUACAGAGCUGUGGACGAGUCUUCUGGCCCUCGUUAACCCGAAGUGGAACGUUCCACUUGUCCUGACUUGAAUUCUUUCAGCUCUCCGACCUGAGCCGUUUCCACAUGCUACUGACUUUUGAGCCCAAACCUUCUCAUUGCUUCACUCAGCUGUACACUCGACCAAAGAUAACCGUAUAGAUAGAUGUGUCCCUACCAUUUGUUUGCUUUCACAGAUACAGCUGUAGUGCCAUCACUCUGCUAAUUUACAACACUCAAAGGCAAAAGGAAAAAGUCAACAAAGAAGGGAGAUUUCUACAGCGUUUGUAACAGCUCUCAGUGCUGCGAACACAACACUCAGUAUUAUGUAUUGACACAGCAAUACAUUGUGUAAAGAUGAUUUUGUAAAGCUAAAAGUGGUUUUGUAUCUAAACACAUUUCUGUAUCAUGUCAAAUGAUGUGUUAAUUAUCAGGAUAGUUUUGUAUAGUAUUAAUACUGUGUAUAGUAUUAAUUCUUUUGGUCCUUUCUCUUUUCUCACCGAGGUUUUUCUUUCCUUAUUUUUUAUUUUUUUUUGUCCCUCCACACAGAUUUAUAAUGUGGCUCUGAGUGUCGUUCCACAGUUGUGAUAUAACGGUGUGUGUAUAUUAAGUGGCAGUGAUUUAAGAAAGACUUGUGUGUGUGUUUUUAAUUGGGUUGGGAUUUCCAGAGUAAUGACCUCCAGUGCCACAAGUUUCUUAAGAAGCCACUGCGCUGUUUUGUCUGAUGUGGUGUGCCAUAGGAAGGCUGAUGGUCUUUAGUUUAAAGGGGGAUCAAACUAGAGAAAUGAACCUUUUUAAUUUUUGUCCCUUAGAUGAAUGACGCCCUCCUUAUGAAUGAGACUCUUAAGAGUGCCAUUACAUCCAUGUUUAAUGAGUUUUAGGAGUUUGCUAAAACUGUGUAGCAGAGUACUAUAUAUUUUUAUUUUUUUGUCUCCUGCAUUUCACUUCACCUUCCCCAGUGUGAUGAAGGAUGAUUUUGAUUAUUUCAUGAUAUUUGCUGCUGAACAAGACAAUCCCCACAUCAUGGUAGGUGCAACAUUUGAUUUGAAAAGAAUAUUCCAUUUUAGUUUUGAAAAUGUUCACUGCACAAAUGUUUCUGCAAUACCUUUUUGUAAAGAUUUUUAGUGUCCUUUGCAUAAAAUAAAGGUGCAUUUACUGCAAAA